GCUGGCUGUGGCUGGCUGGUCCCCGCUGAUCGUGUGCGCGCGCGCGUGUAUCGUGUGCGUGUCUGCUGGUGUCUGCAUGCCUGCCGUUGCCUCGUUAUCUCGCCUUGGCUGCGCGUGCUGGCAUUGCUGGUUUGGCACGGCUGGCUCGCUGGCGUGUGUGACAUUGGUGACGGGGGCGGAGCGUUCUGUGGCCACCCAGUUCUAGCCAACCCGUGGCUCGACAUUCCUGAUUCCGUCGACUCUGCUACAGUGCGCGUCCCGUCUCGAUCGCGUUCGGCGUGAAACGUUUUCCCCUCGUUGCUCGACGAUCGUCUAGCGAGUGUGUGUGCUUGUGUGUGUCUGUGUGUGUGUGCGCGUACGUGUAUAUGCGUACGUGCGUUACAGUGCGUUAUACCACACGAUUCCUCUGUGCGCCGUGGCGCGGACUCGCGGACAGCCACGAACGCUCUCUCAUUCCUCCGCCUCACUCGGCUGUUCUGGGCUGUUCUUCGAGCCCAGUGUCCGUGUCUCCCGUGUGGCGUGCCUAUGCGCUACGUUCGGUGUGUGAAACGAUAAAACGAAGGAAACAUCUCGUCUCGUUUCGUCUCGUCUCGUCGCGUUUAAUCACGUACCAGCAGGCCAAGAGUAAGAAUAUCCGAGCUAAAAAGGAUCGCGAAAUCUCGUCAUCGUCUCGUCAUUGUCGCCGCGAUGCCUUGGGCGUGUUUCUCCCGCAUUCAGACAGAAUAGUGGCAUGAGUCGAUUAAUCUAUGGCAGAUCAACAAGAUCAGUUGUCAUCAGGGGGGUCUGUAGAGAAGGCCAGUGCUUCAGCAGACACCUCUAAGUCAAGGGGGAAAAGCUCUAGUAGUGGCUCGAAUAGCUACAGAAAACGACAAAGUACUGGUGUGAUCCCAGAUAGCGUGGAAGAGAAGAGGCGUAGACAGACCACCAGUGACCUGCAGACAUCUCAAGUGGACAGUAAUACACCGCACACACAUUCGAUUGAUUCUUCCAAGGGAGAGGGCAGAAUCAGAGGUGAACGAAGAAGUCAUGGAGCUGGCUUAGAAUCUUAUUCAGAAACCGACUGGAGGUCUCAUCAUAAGAUUCACCAAGUCAGUUACAACAGUAGUAGCAGUACAAGAGUGCGUAGUGCAGCGAGGACGAGUCUACCAGAGUCAAGUUUAACACCUACCGAUUGUGUGGCAUCGCGAACACGUUCCCGUACACCACAGAAUCCUCAAGCAUUGACACAGGGAACUAGCAGUUACGAUUUGUCACUGCCCAGUGGAUACGGUAGCCGAAAGACAAGUACCUACAGCAACUUAGUAGCUUCAUCGAGUGCUACAUCGAUCACUAGUCAUCCAUCCACAUCGAGAGGAAGAGGAGGCCAGAGGAUGAGCGAAUGUCUGGAAGGAUUUGUGUCUGCUGUCAAAGCACUUUUUCCAAUAUCAACACAAACCUACCAUCAAGAAGAUUCGAAAUCUCACGGCGGUGCGACCUGUAGCGCAACGAGUAGCAGCACGAGUAGUCAAGUCCUGGGUGUCAAGUCCAGCAUCAGAGUGGGUAACGCAGCAAGUAACUCUGUGGAGAGUGGUGGGGGGGCGUUGGCACAUGACGGGGCAGGCACGAGUGGCAUCGCUUCAACAGCCACUGCCAAUCCACCUGUGUCUGCCACCGUUUCUGCCAACCCUACACACCCUCAUUCUACACACAAGCACCUGCUACGCUCUCGCGCGAAAGCUACCGGUGAACAGCCGAAGGAAUUGCCAUCUAGCAACAAGACUUCGGGGAAACAUCACAAGAAAGACACUACAACGGGUUCCUGUUCGAGUUCAAGACAUCGCUCUUCAUCACGCGUGAGGAAGCCGGUGGUGGAGAGCGGCUCCGGUGGAUUGGGUAGUGUAAUGUCAGGCAAUGACUCUAUCAGCGCUACCUCCGUAUCAUCCUCUAUUCCGAGCAGUCAGUUAGUCUCAACCACAGGUGAGGAGGAGUCAGCAUCAACUGCGACAUCCGCCACAGAUCGCGUCAUUCAAAAUUUCGAUUUCCUACUUGCACGCGAAGCUGGUGGAGGACCAUCUGGAAUGUCAGGAACGACAGGUGAUAGCGAAAGCGAUGAUGGAGAAGUUGGACGAUUGCAAGCUUUAUUGGAGGCUAGAGGUCUACCGCCUCAUGUGUUCGGUGCAUUAGGACCGCGGAUGCAACACUUGCUUAAUCGAAGCAUGGGUGCAAGUUCCGCUGCUAAAGCGCAACAACUUCUAGCCGGUUUACAAGCUGUUGAGGAUGAGGGAGAACAAUUGCAGGCCGUCAUGAACAUGGGAGAGAUUCUUGUAAUGGGCAACGAGGAUACUCUAACCGGUUUUCCUGUUAAACAAGUGGUGGCAGCUUUAAUUAAUUUAUUGGGAAUUGAACAUAAUUUCGCGAUAAUGACCCAUGCGUGUCGUGCUCUUACGUAUAUGAUGGAGGCGCUGCCACGGUCGUCCACUGUUGUAGUGGAUGCGGUGCCGGUGUUCCUACAAAAACUCGAAUCGAUCGAGUGCAUGGACGUAGCUGAACAGUGUUUGACAGCAUUAGCCAUGUUAUCACGUAGACACAGCAAAACAAUUUUACAUGCGGGUGGGGUUUCAGCCUGUUUGAAAUUUGUUGAUUUCUUCAACAUCACAGCACAACGUGCAGCGUUAACAAUUACUGCAAACUGCUGCCAAAAUCUUCAUCCUGAUGAUUUUCAUUUGGUAGUGGAUAGUUUGUCAUUAUUAACGAGCAGAUUAACGAAUCAAGAUAAAAAAAGCGUCGAGUGUGUGUGUCAAGCAUUCAGUCGAUUAGUUGACAGUUUCCAACAUGAUCCUGUAAUGCUGCAUAAAAUUAUCAAUGCUGAACUCUUACAGAAUCUACAACAGCUGCUCAUGAUUACGCCGCCGGUUAACAGCACUAACAAUUUCAUAACUGUAUUACGAAUGCUCUCUGUGAUAUCAAAUCGCUGUCCCGACUUGGCGCAAUUGUUGCUGCAACAAAAUAUAGCUUUCACAUUAAGUUAUCUUUUAACUGGAUCUCUGGAAGUUAAAACGGAAGACGUGGAGUUGGUGCCGCGUACACCGCAGGAGUGGUUCGAAAUUACGUGUUUAAUCGAGGAGCUUAUGCCUCCGUUACCAACAGAUGGAAUAUUCAGUGUAAAUAGUUUACUCGAAAGGACCAGCAAUCAACAGGAGACUGUCCAGUGGGAAUGGCGCGACGAAAGACAAUGUUCCCAUCCGUUCAGUACUAUAGAUUCUAGAAUUAUCGAGAUGGCGUUUCAAAAUGGCGAAGAUGAGAUAUGCCUUACUUCCUUAGGACGAACUUACACUAUAGAUCUGACUGUGAUGAAACAAAUUAACGAGGAUAUAGGAAUGACAAGAAGUAUAUUUCGGAGAGUAAACGCCAAUCCCACUGAGGGAAAGCGUCCAACUUGCUCAUCUAGUAUGGAUGUUGUGCCUCCGGUAAUUGAAACGAACGAAUGGCUAGUGUCUUUUAUUCGAACUUUAUUCUCUGUACUAUAUGAGGUUUAUAGCAGUUCAGCUGGACCCGCUGUAAAAUGCAAAUGCCUCCGAGCUCUUCUUCGUAUGGUGUAUUAUGCUUCAACUGACUUACUUAAGGAUGUUCUAAAGAAUCAAGUGGUUUCGUCACAUAUAGCUGGUAUGUUAGCGUCGCAAGAUUUACGUAUAGUUAUCGGAGCUCUUCAAAUGGCGAGUAUCUUGAUGAAGAGAUUACCACAAGUAUUUGGGGUUCAUUUUCAUCGCGAGGGCGUACUGCAUCAAGUUCGUCAAUUAGCAGAUCCCGAAGUACCUCUUGGUGUUUCACCACCUAAGUGCCCUUCUGGUACAUCAUUACCAAGCCCACAGCCAGGUCCGUCUAAUACACCACUUUCUUCCACCACAAUGUUGUCUUCUAGUAGUGCCACGUCUCCAGUUGUCUCUCCAUCUUCGAAUGGCAACAUAUUGUUCGGCACAAUCGCGUCGUCGUGCCAGUAUAAACCAAAUAUCAGUGCUUCGCUGGAACCACACAGAACGGAAUUAAACAACAGUGUAGAGGAAACAAGCGCACCGCAAAGUGCUCACUUAAGGAUUGGUGAUGUAUUGAAGAAAAAACGACAGAAUAAGAAGGGUCGUUUCUCGAGAUUGGGGGGCACCACCACACCGCAACAAACACAACAACCGGAGUCCCUGUUUACUGGUUUUACCCCGAAGAAUAAUCGAUUUUUGGGAAAUCUCAAUCCGGCCAAAUGGGGUCGGAAAUCGUCCUCGUCCAGUACUAGCAAUGACAAGAGAGACUCGAGCUCGUCCACGAAUUUGUCAAAACCACCAAGUAAUCCGAGCUUAACUGGUGGAAAUCGGGAUAAGGCAAAAGCAUGGGUACGCGAGCAAGCAGCCCAAUUUUUGGCAAGAUAUCAGGACGAUGCACCUUGUUCGCAUCCCGCCCUAACAGUUCUUGCUCGACUGACUGCUGCGAUACAGCGAUUGCAAUCAAAUGAAUUGGACGAAAUGCUAUCAGCACUAACAGAAUUAAGAGACAUAGUUCUCGAGAGCGAUAUAUCGCCGUUUGAAAUGAAUUACAGCGGCCUUAUCAAGGCUCUGUUGAACUACCUCACUACGACGGAUGCACCGGGUAAUCGUUACGACCGUCUUCGUAUGUUUUGGAAAUUGUUUGCGGAGUCUACCAUGCAACAGAACAACGAUAUUAUGGAUCUUAAUCCUGGGGCGUUUGGUGCUUUAGUAACGAAAUUGAAUAGCUGUGUUGCACAGCUAGAACAAUUCCCGGUGAAAGUUCACGAUUUACCUGCGGGUUCUGGCGCUGGCCGUGGCGGUACUAGUGCUCUGAAAUUCUUCAAUACGCAUCAACUUAAGUGUAAUCUUCAACGGCAUCCGGACUGUAAUAAUUUGAAGCAAUGGAAGGGCGGUACUGUAAAAAUAGAUCCGCUUGCAUUAGUACAGGCGAUUGAGCGUUAUUUGAUGGUACGUGGAUACGGCAGAAUACGGGACGCUGACUCGAUGGUCAGUGAUGACGACAAUAGCGAGGAUGACAUUGAUGAUACUCUGGCGGCAGUUGUGAUAAGCCAAGGACCGCCGAAACAUAAACUUCAGUUUUUAAUUGGCGACGUGGUCCUACCUUUCAACAUGACGGUUUAUCAAGCUGUCAGGCAAUUUGGAUGUUCCGGAGUGGAUCACUCCGAGGCAGAGGCCGAUAGUGAACCGCCACUUGGACACGAUGCGGUAUGGGUGCAAACCCAUACGAUAUAUUACAGACCUGUACCAGAAGAAGAUGCCGCAACCUCUCCAAAAUCAGGGUCGAGUUCACAGGGUAAUAGCAGGAAGGGAAAGGGAAAAAGUACAAAGAUUAGUUCAAAGAGAAAAGAAGAUAGUCUCUGGCUAGAAGGCAUGAUUCCUCUUCAACACUGUCCCCUCGCGCCAUAUCUAUCUCCCACAUUACCACCCUCAGUAACUAUCACAGAUGCCUCUCUCGAUGGGUUGUGUCUUUUGCGGCUCUUGCACGCUCUUAAUCGCCAUUGGGGCAUACUGUUCCCUCAUCUAAAAAGCAUGAGCCUGCUAUCACCUCAAGACUUCAUCAAUAAUAAGAUCGCCGCGAAAGCCAGCAGGCAACUGCAGGAUCCACUGGUGAUCAUGACUGGAAACUUGCCAUCUUGGUUACAACAGAUAGCAUCUGUCUGUCCUUUUCUCUUUCCAUUUGAGACGAGGCAGCUUUUGUUGUAUGCAACAUCGUUUGAUCGAGAUAGAGCAUUACAACGUCUCUUGGAUUCCGCGCCAGAACUUUCAGGAUCAGACAGUCAGGAGCGCGUUACGCCACGCUUAGAACGAAGGAAGAGAACUAUCUCGAGAACGGACAUUCUUAAGCAAGCGGAGCUAGUGAUUCAAGACUUAGCCUCUAAUAAAGCCUUACUUGAAGUGCAAUACGUCAACGAAGUCGGUACUGGUCUCGGUCCAACUCUGGAAUUCUACGCUCUAGUCUCUAAGGAACUGCAACGCGCUGAUUUAGACUUGUGGCAUGGCAGUUCGAAUCCUACUGAAAACGGAUAUGUUAAUUCCUCGCAUGGGCUCUUCCCGACGCCAAUCCCAUGGAACACUAAAGUAUCGCAUCUAGCAAAAUUGAAGACCAAGUUCAAAUUUCUUGGGAAAUUCAUGGCGAAAGCAAUAUAUGAUUCCAGAAUGUUGGAUUUACCAUUUAGUUUAACCUUCUAUCGCUGGUUACUGGGAGAGGAACAUACUCUUACAUUAGCCGACUUGGCAUAUGUAUGUCCCGACGUAUAUCGCACUUUAAGCAAGCUCCAGGAGGUCGUGAGGAAGAAAGAAGCUAUGGAGAAAGAUCAGACGCUACGACCGCACGAGAAAGCGCAAUUAAUUGAGGCUCUCGAUUUAGACACGUGCCCCAUUUCCGAACUGGGUCUUGUGUUUGAAUUACCGGGCUACGAGAAUAUCGAAUUGAGGAAGGGCGGUAGCGAAAUAUCCGUUACUAUUUACAAUCUGGAUCAAUAUAUUAAGUUAGUGGUACACUGGUUCUUAUACGAAGGAAUAUUCAGACAAAUGGAGGCUUUCCGGGAAGGUUUUGAAUCGGUAUUUCCUCCGUUGCAACUGAGACUAUUCUUCCCAGAAGAACUGGAAGCGGUAUUUUGCGGUCAUGCACAAACCGGCGGACAAUGGGACGUGAAAACUCUUGCCGAGUGCUGUAGGACUGAUCAUGGUUAUACACCGGACUCACGGGCCAUUCGUUUUCUAUUCGAGGUCAUGUCCAAAUACAACAGCGAAGAACAACGACAAUUCAUUCAGUUUGUCACCGGUUCACCGCGUUUGCCCGUUGGAGGUUUCAAAAGCUUAACCCCUCCGUUAACAAUAGUGCGCAAAACCUUUGAUCCGUCUAUGAAGACAGACGAUUUUCUACCAUCAGUAAUGACUUGCGUUAACUACCUAAAACUGCCUGAUUAUACCACUUUGGAAAUAAUGCGGGAAAAGUUGCGGAUAGCCGCUCAAGAGGGUCAGCACUCGUUCCAUCUUUCCUAG